CAACGUUAUUUUAUAACGCAUCAUCAACAUGGAGCCCUCAGGGAACAGAACCCCUGUGGGAAAGGAUAUGAUCCAUCUGGCCAAGAAUGUAGAGAAAUAUGCAGGGCCUUCCCAGGUCUCGACUCCAGUUGUGGUCGUGACCCACUCUCAAACAUCAGUCGGUGUCCCCAAGAAGCGCAUCUACGUAGUACCCAUGCCCCGGCGGGCUCCUAAAGAGCCACAAAUCCAGAUUCAGAGUCCCACUGCAGAUGCAACCCAAACCCGGACUCCAGUCCCAUCCACAAAACACAUCUAUAUUGUAUCCCAACCUUUCUCCGCUGGGGGCUCGACGCAAACCCAGGUACCAGGCACUAGGAAACACAUCUACGUAUUAGCUCAGCCCCAGAAUGCUGCUAGGGUCAGGAUCCAACCCCAAACUACAGCCAGGAUCACGACUCAACCCCAAACUACAGCUGGGAAAAUAGACCCACUUAAAGUGCCAGGACAAUCCCAGAUCAAGACUCCAACUGGGGUCACAGUUCAAUCCCAGAAUGUAGCCAGUGUCAAAGCCCAAACCCAGCCUGCAGUAGGGAGAACAGACCCUCCUAAUGCUCCAAGGCAGACUAGGAAGAUGGUUCACUUCCAACACCAGCCUCCGACAGCCAGGGAUGCAGCCCCAACCAAGACUGAUGCCCAGACUCAGACCCCUACCGUCGUGGCAGAGGUGGUCUCUAUGCUGCAACACGGAGAUGUGAGACCUGCACCACAGCCAUACCUGGUCCACAAAGAAGAGGUGUUGAGGAGGAUGGAUGCGCCAGAGAAGAUGUCAGUGAGGACAUUGCUGAUGUACACUGGGAAGAACCCGGCAGACCUAGACAGCAAGAACAGAUUGGUGAAAAACCUGAUUAAGGCUGGAAUCCCCCCUGUCGAGACCCCUGCCUAUAUCACCAGUGCCUUCACCAGGCUCACCGAGGGCGACACCACAAUGCUGUGUAGUGACAUGAAGUCCCUAGCUAUCAAACACCUCAACUUCACCAACAUGGCCGAGCAGCUCAUAGAAGAGACCAACCCUGUGCAGCACUGGUCCAAGAUCAUCGAUACCAAAGCCCAACUAGAGGAGAUGAGACUGUGUUUCAGGGACCCAGCUAACAGUCGUCUGAUGGACAACGUGACCCACAGUAUGAGCACGGGCGUGAUGGACGCCGCCUUCAACAUCAUCUCUACCCUCAUUGACUACCAGGUGCAGCUAAUCGCCUGUCUAGUAAACACCAUGCCUUCACACCAAACUCCCUCUGGGACGGCUGUCAAAACUAGGCCUUACCCGGCCCUUCGGUCUUCCGUGUCCCUCGUCAACCCCCCUGUUAUCACCAUUCCGAAUUCCCAGGGCCCAUUCGGCUCCCUACUCUCCUUGAAACGGCUCAAUGUGAUAGCCCAGCCCCACCACAACGGGACUCAAACCCAGCCCCUGCUGUGCUGCCAAGAGACCCAGAGCGAGACCCAGACAGACACCCAGCUCCCUAAGAAACCACUGAAACAGCAGAAGGGUCGAGGCGUCCAGCGUGACCCCAGGGGAUCUUACAGGAAGAGAGCCGCUUCAGGGGCCUCAGACAGGAAACAGGAAGCGGCUCAGGAGAAGGGGGGGGGUAAGAAGGUUAAGCUAAACCCUUCCCCCCAUGUUGCCAUGGAUACCGAGGAAGAGGGGAAUGCAUAGACGACCACAAAGAGAACUCCUGGCAACACAGAAGGAAACUGCAGCUGGACGUACACAAACUAAUUGAAAAGUUACAGAAUGUGCAGCUGCAAGCUCCAGCAGAAAGGAAACCCCAACAUUUGCGCCAACAGAAACAUAGCCUCAUUCCAGAAACAAUUUCUGGCUCCUACACUUGUGUAGGCCUAGAUAUAAGGGGAUUGGAUAGGUGAAAGCAAUUGGAUAGGUAUAGCAAAUCAAAUUUUAUUUGUCACAUGCGCAGAAUACAACAGGUGUAGACCUUACCUUGAAAUGCUUACUUACAUGCCCUUAACCAAUAAUGCAGUU